AUGUGCCACUUUCAGGUCUCCUCACACUGCUGGUGGGUUCCAUUUUGUCAUAGGGUGCUGGCAGAUUACGGGCCUCCCAUUGCUGCUGCCAGGCCCGUAAUCUGCCAUGGGCCCCUGUACCGCCUCCUCAUGCUGCUGCCAGGCCCGUAAUCUGCCAUGGGCCCCCGUACCGACUCCUCAUGCUGCUGCCAGGCCCGUAAUCUGUCAUGGGCCCCUGUACCGCCUCCUCAUGCUGCUGCCAGGUCCAGAGUGUGUCAUGGGUCCCUGUACGGCCUCCCAUUGCUGCUGUCUCCAUCGCCACACUCUGCCAUGUGCCACUUUCAGGUCUCCUCACACUGCUGCUGGUGGGUUCCAUUUUGUCAUAGGGUGCUGGCAGAUUACGGGCCUCCCAUUGCUGCUGCCAGGCCCGUAAUCUGCCAUGGGCCCCCGUACCGACUCCUCAUGCUGCUGCCAGGCCCGUAAUCUGUCAUGGGCCCCUGUACUGCCUCCUCAUGCUGCUGCCAG